CCCAUCGUGAUACCCCAAACCGCUCCCGGCGCCGGCAACCCCUUCACUCGUGCCUACAGCCCCGCUCUCUCGAAUACCGACAUCUCGCUCUCCACCUUCCUUACCUUCCUCGAUACCCUCAACGUCUGUUUCGCCCAAACGCCCCCACUCCAGGUCCUCGAUCUCGCUGGUGGCAUAGUCGGAAUGGUACCUCACCAUAUCCCAGCUUUGGUGGGAUCGAGUCUGCAAGCCACCGCUAAAAUCGCCAAUGCCGUGACUUCAAAGACAAGAGUUGCGGGGUUAUUGAAGACGGCCAAUGAAGAAAUCUUUGCGCCGCAGGGACUCAAGGUGGAGAUUUUGGAUACAGAAAAGCUCAAACAGAGACUCGGCAUUGAUGCGAAUAAACCUCUGCUCAAUGAUCUGGAAGAGAAGGAUAUGCAAGUCAGUGUAAGAGACCGAAGACUACAAGCCUUGUCCCCUCACAUUGCGCCCUUGGUAUUCGACGUUCCGGUACAGGCAAGGCAGACGAAUGCGAUUGAUAGGUUGUCGGCUCAACAGCUGCAGAGACAGAUGGCAAAGGCUGAGGAG